UGUUGCGCGAAACCUUCUCUCUACGUUUCUCUACUCUAUACUUGAACCUCUCUGGGAUCCAAAGAGAAAACUUUACGUCCACGUUUGGUCUUCUCUCUCGUUAUCAUCCGAUAAAUCUCUGAGAGUUGUUUGAGUUAUUCCGCUUCUAUGCAAUUUAGCCCAGAAAAUGGGACAAGUGGUUCCAAGUGAUAAGUCUGCAGAUUCCUACAGCGUCUCUCUUCUCUUGUCUCCUGUUGUGUCUGUUUGGGAUUGUAUCGUUCGUAAAAUGAGUGUGUUCUAAAGCUAGACGAACAGAGAGGUCAUGGAUAAUAGUAGCCUAAUGCGUAAACAAGAUCAGCCGAUUGUUGGAAAUGGGAAGAAGAAGAAGAAGAAGCAAGGGAAAGAUGAAGCGGAUAGAAUCAAACAAGCCGAGAAGAAGAAGAGACGUCUUGAGAAAAAUCUUGCUGCUUCGUUAGCGAUCAGGGCUGAGCUUGAGAAGAAGAAGCAAAGGAUCAAGGAAGGACAUCAAGAAGGAGAUGAAGAAAGCUUGGCCAAGAAGAAGAAGCAGGAUAAAGACGAGCUGGAGCGUGUCAAACGAGCGGAGAAGAAAAAGAUUCGUCUGGAGAAAUCUCUUGCUAAUUCCGCAGCUAUCAGGGCUGAGUUAGAGAAGAAGAAGCUUAAAAAGCUAGAGGAACAGAGAAGAUUGGACGAGGAAGGUGCCGCUAUUGCAGAGGCUGCUGCUCUGCAUGUCUUACUUGGCGAGGACUCUGAUGACUCGUGUCGAACCAUGCUAAACCAAGAAACGGGUUUCAAGCCUUGGGAUUGUACUGCCAAACUCAAUCUUUCUGCAGGCGGAAGAAACGGGUUCUUUCCUCACCUAGCGGUUCACAGAAGCAGAGUAAGAGACUGUAACUGGUCAGUCUCAUAUGAGCCUUUUGCAAGGGGAUGUGACAGCAAUAACAUGGGAAUAUCGGCUGAUUUGAUUGCUGCUCAAGCUGUUUCAUCACUGCAGAUUUCUGAGAAUGCUAUUGUGGACGCAGUUGUCUUCAAUGGAAUGUUCAGAAGAUGACCGUAGCACCAUAUUACCAGAGAGUUAAGCAUGUUUGAAAUGAUAAUUUCAUGCAGUUCAUGAACAUUCAUUAUGGCAGGAGUUAUUAGGAGUUACAUAGAAUGAAACAUCUAAAUACAAAGACGAAAAAUUGCUGUACCUUAUGCUUGGCAAUCAUCAUCUCUCUUUCACUUUGUCAAGCUUUAAGAAUACUUGAGCUUUUUUCAGCAACAAGUCUAUCUUCUUUUUCUCUUCUGUAAUUUUCAGUUGCAUCCUAGUAUACAUUACCAAUUUGAAGGAACUAAAUUUGAUAAAGCUUUUUUGAGAGAUGGAUAAAGCUAUACAAUGACAAAAGGAUUUUCUUUGAGCUC